AGAUGUGGUCGGGCUCUGGCCCCACGCCAGGCUUCUCCCCUCAGCGCCUGAACAAGUGCACUGGCCACUCUCCCAAAGCUGGGCACUGGUCAAAGGGCUGCACUCAAAGCGAUUUGCUCUCCCAGGGCCUGAGAAAGACGAGCCUAUACCAGCCUUUCGCGUAGCAGGGCAGCAGCAAUUGGGGCCUUGAAGGCUUUCAUCAGAAAAUUGUGGGCGGAAACUUCCCGGGGUUUGCUCUGAGCUUCUUGAGGCUUCUCAGCUUCAGAUGCAAAGUGAGUGGGUGUCUCUCUGAGAGGCAGAAAGAGAGAAAGAGAGAAUGAAAGAGAGGUGUUUCCCUCAACUAUGGAAACUCUAUAAAGAGAGAGCCGGCUUCCCUCCUCUCGAACAGUCCGAAACAGGAGUCCCCUCUUUGCCAGCUGGGCCUCCGCAGGGCUGAGAAGAAGGAAAGUCGUCGGUCCGGGGCCAGCCCGGGUCACCGGCCACCAUGCAGCAGCCCUGGGAUUACCCAUGCCCCCCGAUCUACUGGGUGGACAGCGGAACCAGCAGCCGCUGGGUGUCUCCAGGCUCAGUUCUCCCCAGUGCACCGUCUGUGCCAGGGAGGCCAGGGCAAAGGAGGCCACCGCCACCGCCGCCACCCCCGCCGGCCCUGCCCCCACUGCCCCCACUGCCCCCGCUGCCUCUGGAGAAGCGGAGGGACCGCAGCACAGGCCUGUGCCUCCUUGUGCUGUUUUUCAUGGUUCUGGUAACCCUCGUGGGACUGGGGCUCGGGAUGUUUCAGCUUUUCCACCUGCAGAAGGAAUUGGCCGAACUCAGAGAGGCCACCAGCCAAAGGCACGUAGCAUCAUCUUUGGAGAAGCAAAUAGGUCCCUCCAAUCCAUCCUCUGAAAAAAGAGAGCUGAAGAAAGUGGCCCAUUUAACAGGCAAGCCCAACGCAAGAUCCAUCCCUCUGGAAUGGGAAGACACAUAUGGAAUCACCCUCGUCUCCGGAGUGAAGUAUAAGAAGGGUGGCCUUGUGAUCAAUGACACGGGGCUGUACUUUGUGUAUUCCAAAGUGUACUUCCGGGGUCAGUCCUGCAACAACUGGCCCCUGAACCACAAGGUCUUUAUGAGGAACUCUAAGUAUCCCCAGGACCUGGUGCUGAUGGAGGGGAAGAUGAUGAAUUACUGCACUACUGGCCAGAUGUGGGCCCGCAGCAGCUACUUGGGGGCAGUGUUCAAUCUCACCAGUGCUGACCACUUAUAUGUCAAUGUCUCUGAGCUCUCUCUGGUCAAUUUUGAGGAAUCUAAGACAUUUUUUGGCUUAUAUAAGCUCUAAGAAAAGCACCUUGGGAUCCUCUCCAUUAUGGCUCCUUAUUUCAGGCACUGGAAAUGUUGUCUGGAAUGAGGAUUUUCUCCUUCUCGUUGACAUGAGGUCCAGAGAGAAGACGUGAACCAAGAGGAGCUUGAGACCUUGGGGUCCAGCAGGUCUACAGCUCCUCACCUCACCUAGGUCCACGAGCCAGACGGGAAGACAGUUUGGCUAAAGGACUCAAAACGCUGGGCUGCCAUGUGAAGAGGCAGAGGCAGGGAAAAGCAGCUACCAAGGUGUUUGAUAAUCAUCUCAAUUGGCCAAUAGCAUUUUGGUACCUUGAAAAGGACACCUGUUAACUCACUGUUUGUGGUGGGUCUACUGUCUACCUCAGGGGAGGCUGUCUUUCAGAUAGAUGGAUAUGACAUGAGUGUAUAAGGAAUGGAAAAAGAGGAUGAGGCUUGCAUGAUAAGCUAAACAGACUGAAAGUCCAGUGUUCCUUUGGCAGCUUUUUAACUUCUAAAUGCAUUGCCUGAGCCACCAGGUAAUGCUAACAGGGAGGCAAGGAGGAUCUUUGAGGGACUCAGUCCAUUCCCUACACAGCAUGUACAUUUCCAGUGCAAUUGUAGGUGUGCGCAUGUGUGUGUGUGUGAGACCAGAAGAGUUACACAUGGACAGAGAAUGUGGGGAUUGUGAAAGACAGGUUAGGAAAAUAUGGAUUGCAUUUGGUGGUAGAUUUUGAAUGCUUCGUAGCAACCAACUCUAAUAGUCCUCACAACUCAUUGAUUGUCAGCUAUUGAUGCUGUUUUCCUAUAAUAGAACCAAUAUUUAUAUACAUUUUGUGCAUCUUUAAUGAAAAGAAUAAUAAAAAUAUUUUAGAAUGCAGAUAAACAUUAUGAAUGUA